UAUCAUUCAGUUGCUUUCCGCUUCCUUCCAGAAGUCAGCGGAUCUCUCCAGCGCAGCAGUAGUUUGUACAUUCCUGGAAGCAGCAGAGUGUGCACGCAGCCACGAGGAGAUACUAACUCUCAGAAUAAAUCUGAAAUCUGUGAACAUGGCUCAGAAAAACAUCAAAGUUGAAGCCAGCCCUGCGAGCAGAAGCGUGAAAACAGAGCCAGAGGAAGCUACAGCCUGUCAGGAACCACAUAAACAUCAGUUCAGAGUGAAAUUCAGUCCGAAUGACACAUACACCAUUGGCUGUGUUGUACCCCGCACAGUGCUGGAGGCCAUAAAAUCUUCAAAUAAGUAUAAGAAGAUGGUUAAGGGUGCAGAUGUAAAUGUUAUCAUUCAGAUGGGUACAGGAGACGACGAAUCAAUUGUUCCAACACAUUUCCCGUGUUCUUGUGUUGGGGAUCAUGAGGUUCUGACCAUUUCAUGUAAAUCAGAAAAGGUGGAAGUGGCUCAGGUCCAGGAUUCCAACGUAGUAUAUCCAAGAGAUGCCUAUUCUGUCUUUUACAUUGAUACAAAGGGAGGACUAAAUGCCAAAAAAAAACAACUUUUUAAAAGUGGCACUUUAAAACAGUUCAAGUAUCUCUGUGUUUACGGAGAGAAGGGGAUAACUGUGGCGGAGGCUCUAAAAAGAGAUGGCCGCUUCACUGAUGACCUGGGCUACUUUGAGCUGGUCAACAUCAAUGACAAAUGUAAGACUGAGUGCACAGACGAAAUUGAUAAUCUGGAUAAAAAGAAGUUUAAGAUAUGUCUUCCACGAGGAGCAAAUAUGGAAACAAAGGAUGUAAAACAAGUAGCCAUCCCCGGCCAACAGAAACCUCCACAUGUAUCAAAUAAUCCACAACGCACAAGAGAAACAAGAUCAGUCUUAACUCUUGCACAGCAGAAGGAAAUCAGUAUAACAACAGCAGCAAAAGAAACAGGCUGCAGCAUUGACUCUAAGGAGGUUUAUAAGCUACUGCGUAAGCAGUUUCCACGUCUGAAAAAAUGGAUGGAAAGUAGAUUCCCUGAAAAUUCUUUCCAGAAAACACUGAGGAAGGAAAACUUUGGAAAGAUCCAACAGUCUUUUAGUGAAAUUCACCAAGUCAGGUUGCUGCUUGAACUGAGCGAGUCAGUUUGUCUCUUAGAGGUACCCAUAAAUGAUCCCUUCAUAAUGCAGGGCACAGGCUUUGUGCUAUUUGACAACUUUGUCUUGACAAAUGCCCACUUAUUCAAAUACUGGGUUGAUUCAAAAUUACCUAAUUGGCAUGAAGAUGUAAACAUUACUGCUGUCUUUAACUUUGAAAAACAAGACUCUGACAAGAACAAGAUUAAUGCCAAGGUGUUUGUUGGCAACGAUAAGUUAGAUUAUGCCAUACUUAAGCUAGAAACAGAGAGUCAGGUUCCACCAGGGCUCCUCAAGAGAUUUGGACCUGUACCUUUAGAUGGUGCAGCCUGUGUUGUUGGACACCCAGGAGAAGGAGUGAAAAAAACGGAUCCUACGUGUAUCAUUGUGAAAGAGGGACGAGAGGAGGCUGUUAAUAAAAAUUUAGAGGACAUCAAGGAAUACUUCAUCACUCUUUAUGCAAUCAAUCAGGCGAUCAAAAAUGACCCUUGUGAAAAUAUCUAUGUGACCUACAACUCUUUCAUGUAUCACGGCUAUUCUGGUUCCCCAGUAUUUGAUGCAUAUGGACAAGUGUUUGGUUUGCACACUGGUGGAUUUUUCUAUGGAUUUCCAAAGACUGAACAGAGUGUGAUUGAGUUUUCCUUUCCUCUGCUCACUAUAUUUGAAAACUUUGUGGAUAAUGUGAAGAAAGAGGGGAAUAAGAAUCUGUUCAAAAGAGUUGAGGAGGAGGCAAAGGGAAAUCCACACCUAGAAAACAUUAUUGCGUCUGUUGUGGGGUCAAAGCAAGACAGACCUGAGGAGCUGUUGCAGGGUGUUCAGGGUAAUACAGCAGAUUCUGAGGAGGGAAUGGAGUUGAUUUGA